CCGGAAACUCCAUCUGCCUGCCACCAAGAAACAGACACACGACACGAGUCUCGCAUCCAUCGCCCUAGUCUGAUCUGCCCCGGCAAGCUCAUACCCUACCUACCUUGCAGGCCUGUCUCGGGUAUCCAUACUGUUUUAUUUUUAUUUUAUUUUUUUGCGGCGCAGGCGUCUCGCGAUAAUCGGGCUCUUGACCGCCAGAGUCACUCAUCAUCCGUCCAUCCAUCAGUCAGUCAGUCAAUCUCAGCAGCCAUGGCCGACGUCCCGCUGGUUGUCAUCUCCGAGUACGCGCAAUCGGAGCGCCGCAUUACACCAUCAUGGUCCAUCUCGCAGCUCAAGACCAAGCUCGAGACGGUGACGGGCAUCCCGCCUUCGUGCCAGCGUCUGUCCCUCAAGCCUACGGCCGGCGCAGAGGCCAUCGCCGUCGAGGCGCCUAACGAGGACGACACCCACCUGUCCAACUUUCCCUUGGCCCCAUAUGCCGAACUUCAUGUGAUUGACACACGUCCUGCGGCCGCCCGGAUCAACUUGAACGACACCACGGGCGUCGACAAGUAUGUCAUGCCUGAGGAGGAGUACGAGAAGAAGACGGACUCUGUCCUGGCGUGGAAGAAGAACCAGAAGCUGGGCCGAUUCGACCCCAGUGCCCCCAGUCACGAGCAGGCCAAGCUGGACGCGCUCGACCGCGAGAUUGCCACACGCGGCAUCGCGGUGGGCCGACGCUGCCGCGUGGGCGGUGAAGACACCCGGCGCGGCGUCAUCCAGUACGUGGGCGAGGUCAAGGAGAUCCCCGGCGGUCUCGGUGCCUGGGUCGCUGUCAAGCUGGAUGAGCCCGUGGGCAAGAACGACGGGAGCAUCGGGGGAACUCGCUACUGGGGUGAGCCUUCGGAACUGAAGCAUGGUGUCUUUGUGAGGCCGGAGCGGGUAGAGGUUGGUGAUUUCCCGGCUCUGGAUGAUUUGGAGGAUAUGGAGGAGAUCUAG